CUGGCACCAAUGUAUAAUGAAAUUUCUCUCUCUAUAUCUUUAUAUAUACAGUCCCAUCCUUUCACUGUACUGCCUAAAGCAAAAGGCAGUGACGUAUCUGGCUGCCAAACCCAGCUAUGUUCUAGCAUACUUUUUCCUUUUCCAUCUCUGCUAUUUUACUUUCUCAGAAUCCAAACACUAGGGCAUUUAGAGCAAAAACCCAGAUAAAGGGGAAAGAGAGUACUUUCUGGGUAUAGUUUCUUUAGAAAGAGUGACAAAGCAAGGCUGUUUGGUGUUUUCAGAGAGAAAGUGAAGAAGAUGGGUAGUGAGAAAGAUGAUGGUUUGCGUUUGAGUCUUAGCUUGGGAUUUGCUGCAACAACUCGACCUUCUUUUAAGUCGAAUCUUAUGUCUAUGCCAUCUCAUCACCAUAACAUGCAGAUGCAUCAGCGCAAAACUUCCUGGAAAGAGCUGUUUCAUCCAUCUAAUAGAAAUAGUGACACCAGAUCGUUCCGAGGAAUAGAUGUGAAUAUAGCACCACCAACGGAGGAUUGCCAUGAAGAAAACUGGGUUUCAUCUCCAAACAGCACGGUAUCUAGCAUUAGCGGAAAGCGAAGCGAGAGAGAGCCCAUUGGAGAUGAGACUGAGGCUGAGAGGGGUUCUUCCUCUCGUGGCAGUGACGAUGAAGACGGUGGUGCUGGUGACGCUUCAAGGAAGAAACUAAGAUUGUCAAAAGAACAAUCCUCAUUGCUUGAAGAGACCUUCAAGGAGCACAGCACUCUUAAUCCGAAGCAAAAGUUGGCUCUGGCAAAGCAGUUGAAUCUGAGUCCUAGGCAAGUUGAAGUGUGGUUCCAGAACAGAAGGGCAAGGACAAAGUUGAAGCAGACAGAAGUGGAUUGUGAGUACUUGAAGAGGUGUUGCGAGACUUUAACGGAGGAGAACAGGCGGCUGCAGAAGGAGGUGCAAGAGCUUAGGGCACUGAAACUCUCCCCACAACUAUACAUGCAUAUGAAUCCUCCAACUACUCUCACUAUGUGCCCUUCAUGUGAGCGAGUAGCCGUGUCCUCGUCCUCGCCAUCUUCCUCUGCCAUUCCUGCCCCUGAUGUACCAUCCACUUGCCUCCAACUGGGUCUUAACCAUCAAAAGCCCGUGCCCAUAAGCCCUUGGGCUGCUUUGCCAAUUCAUGAACCUGCUUCUCGAUCAUAACUGUAAAACCAACAACCAAUUUUAAGUAUUUAAUUAAGUAUUCAGAUGAUGUGUUAUUUUAGUUUAAGAAUUAAAUAAUAUAUAAUCAUAUUAUAACACAUCAACCAAAUACUUAAUGAAAUACUAAAAGAUGGUGCAUAUAAGAUUUUGGUGAAGGAGAUAUAAAGAUUAGAAAGAUAAAUAAUGAAUGAGUGAUGGUGGGUUAGGAUAGGAUUUUGUUGAAGUGAAGCCUUGUCCAUAUUUCAUUUAUGUAAAUGGUGGAGGAAAAGGCGAUGGAAGGCUGUGUUCAUAGUGGGAACAGGGAAGAAGAAUGAAUUUGGAAUUGGAAGGAUAAAUAGUAUCAUCUUGUUGAACUUUACCUUACUGGUGGCUUUUCGUAUCUAAAAAGGUUGUCUAUUCUAUUCA